AACGCUUAUGGGCAAGCCGGUAGAGUGGCCGAGGAAGUACUAGGCGCCAUCAGGACCGUGAUCGCCUUCAAUGGAGAGGAAAAGGAAGUGGAGAGAUACGCUGAGAAACUAGUACCAGCCGAGAGAACCGGAAUAAGACGUGGAAUGUGGUCCGGAGUUGGUGGUGGCGUGAUGUGGUUCAUCAUAUACAUCAGCUACGCAAUAGCGUUUUGGUACGGAGUUCAGCUGAUCCUGGAGGACAGGCCAAAGGAUGUGAAGGAGUAUACACCAGCAGUGUUGGUGAUCGUGUUCUUCGGUGUGCUAGCUGGCGCUCAGAACAUGGGUCUGAUAUCGCCGCAUCUCGAAGCGUUCGCGGUGGCGCGUGGUUCAGCCGCGGCGAUUUUCCAAGUGCUUGAUCGCGUGCCAACGAUCGAUAGCUUGAGCAAGGAUGGUCAGAAGCUUCCAUCCGUCAAUGGUGAGAUCGAGUUCAAGAACGUACACUUCCAGUAUCCCGCUAGAAAGGACGUGAAGGUGUUGCAAGGUUUGAAUCUGAAGAUCAAUCGGGGCGAGACCGUGGCACUCGUCGGCGGGUCCGGCUGUGGCAAGUCUACUUGUCUCCAGCUCAUCCAACGUCUCUACGAUCCUCAUAAGGGACAGGUUUUACUGGACGGUGUGGACGUGGCGAAGUUGAACGUUCAAUGGCUCCGUUCGCACAUAGGCGUGGUCGGCCAGGAACCGGUGCUCUUUGACACAACGAUACGGGAGAAUAUCCGAUACGGAAAUGACAGCAUUACCGAGGAGCAGAUGAUCAAAGCCGCGAAGGAAGCGAACGCUCACGACUUCAUCAGCAAACUGCCCGAGGCCUACGAUAGUCCCGUGGGAGAGAGAGGAUCGCAAAUGUCCGGUGGACAGAAACAAAGGAUCGCGAUUGCUCGAGCUCUGGUUAGACGACCGGCUAUACUUUUAUUGGAUGAAGCUACGUCUGCUCUGGACGUUCAUAGCGAAAACACUGCUUUGCACCGCGUGCAAAGAGCUUUGGACGCGGCGUCAAAGGGUAGAACAACGAUCGUCGUCACUCACAGGCUGUCGACAAUAACAAAUGCUGAUAGGAUAGUGUUUAUAAAGGAGGGUCAGGUGGUUGAACAGGGUACGCACGAGGUACUGCUCGCCUUGAAAAAUCAUGAUUACGGAUUGGUCUCUGCUGACGCCAGUGCCACUGCUAGAGCGAAAGCGACGGCAUCAGCCGCAAAGACGGUCACCGCAGCCAUACCGAAGCAGAAACCACCGUUGAAGAGGCAAUUCUCCACUCUGUCGAUGCACUCUCAUCGGUUGUCGUUAGCCGGCGCAUCUGAGUGCUCGGAGAAUCAACUGGAGGAACACGAGAAGCCGUACGACGCGCCAAUGAUGAGGAUAUUCGGGCUCAAUAAACCGGAAUGGCCUUACAAUUUGAUCGGGUGUUUAGCAGCAGGCAUGGUGGGCGCCUCGUUCCCAGCAUUCGCUGUUCUCUUCGGUGAAGUGUACUCUGUAUUGGGUCUUCAGGAUGACGAAGAAGUACGCCACGAGAGUGUCAAGUUCUCGAUUCUCUUCCUAGUGGUCGGAGUUGUUACGGGCCUUGGUACCUUCCUACAAAUGUAUAUGUUCGGAUUGGCCGGUGUGCGUAUGACCGCGAGGAUCAGAAAAAAGGCGUUCACCGCGAUGUUGCGACAGGAAAUGGGCUGGUACGACGAGAAUACGAAUAGCGUGGGUGCCCUUUGCGCCAGAUUAUCCACAGACGCCGGUGCUGUUCAGGGUGCAACGGGGACACGUGUCGGUGCGAUUCUUCAGGCUCUGUCGACUUUAGUCCUUGGAAUCGGAUUAUCCAUGUAUUAUACCUGGAAGAUGACGUUAGUAUCCGUCGUCUCGAUACCUUUGGUGCUGGGUGCAGUCUUCUUCGAGGCGAGAGUGAUGAGCGGCCAAGGUCUGCAAGAAAAGAAGAAGAUGGAGGCCGCGACGAGAAUCGCCAUAGAGGCAAUCUCGAACAUUCGAACUGUAGCCAGUCUUGGGAAAGAGGAAGCCUUCUUGCAGCGUUAUUGUGUGGAACUGGAUCUCGUGGCUAAAGCGACAAGAAUUAGAAAUAGUCCGAGGGACUGGUAUGAGUGUUUUGAUAAGUAUGUGACGAGAUUAGGUUUUAAAAAGAACAAUAUAGAGCUGUGCCUAUAUACUUAUGGAGAGGGAGAAAAUGUUGUUUAUUUGUUAAUAUACGUAGACGAUUUGUUGAUUUGUAGUAAAAACAAAGGGAAGAUACAAAGUGUAAAAAGAUUAUUAACUGAUAAAUUUGAAAUGAAAGAUUUAGGUGAAGUAAAAGAAUAUCUUGGAAUAAAUAUAGAGUAUGAUUAUUUAAAAAAUGAAAUGGGAUUAAGCCAAAAGAAAUACAUAGAAUCAUUAGCAAACAAAUAUAAAUUACAUAAUAGCAAAUUGUACUGUACACCUAUGGAGACCAACUUAAAAAUUGAAAAAGCUGAGAUAAAUAGAGAGGACAUUGGAUACAAGAAUUUAAUUGGCGCAUUGCUGUAUAUUAGUGCAAAUACCAGACCCGAUAUAAGUUAUAGUGUGAAUUAUCUGAGUAGAUUUCAAGAUUGUUGUAACGAGACACAUUUUAAAUAUGCCUUGCGAAUAUUGAAAUAUUUGUACCGGACUAGAGAUUUAGGGCUGCAUUAUAAAAGAAAUGAAAAGUGCGAAACGAUAGAUUGUUAUGUGGACGCUGAUUGGGCAGGAGAUCAUAUAGAUAGGAAAUCGACUUCUGGGUAUGUAAUUAGAUUGUAUGGAAAUGUAAUUGGAUGGAAGUCUAAAAAACAAAGGUGUGUGACAAAAGCCUCGACGUAUGCAGAGUAUGUUGCUCUAUCGGAAGCGGUGAGCGAAGUAAUGACUAUCAGAGAACUAAUGAAAAUCUUCGAUGUAAAUGUAGACGAUAACCCUGUAAAAAUCUAUGAGGAUAACUCUGGAGUAAUGAGUAUAGCAAAAUACGGAACUUUUACAAAAAAUUCUAAACACAUUGAAGUUCAUUACCACUACGUUCACGAGUACGUAAAGGAAAAUAAGAUAAACAUAAUAAAAGUAAGUACAGAAGAAAACACUGCGGAUAUUUUUACGAAGGCACUGUGUAGAGAGAAAUUUGAAAGGUUUAGGUCAUGGAUGAAUGUAAAAUAAGAGAAAUGUAAAUAAAGCGAUAAAUGUU